AUGGCCGAGGCACAUGAAGCUGUUGCAUUCUCCUUUACCGUUGGUCCUGAAGGAUUUAAUGUUGACGUAAGUUAUGACGUUUUCAAAGCACUCAUCUACGCUGGUUUACGCUCUUGGAAACUUCGUUAUCGUCGCACAUUAAAUUCUCUUUACAACUCACUAUAUCCUGGUCAUCCACUUCGUGGUAUUGCUUGUUGCGGAAUUGUCUCCGUACUAUAUUUCAAAGGUCAUGAUCCGUCAUUCAAUGCUAUUGAUUGGCUGGACGAACAUAUCUUCCAACGCUACUUUGCACCAAAAAAUGCAAAAAUUAUUGCUUGCAUUACUUUUGGCGCCGGUGUUUACGUUGUUCUUACACAAGUUCGACAAUACACAUUGAAGAAAUUAUUCUCCUAUCAUGGCUGGAUGUAUCAUGAGCAUGGAACGGAACUUGGCUUAGUACCCAAGAUUUGGUCGGUGCUGGUGAAGUUAUGUGUCGGCCGUAAUCCAUCGCUAUAUUCAUGUCAAAACCUUUUGCCAACACUACCGUUACCAAGUUUGGAUGAUACACUACGACGUUACUUGAGAUCAGUGCGACCAUUGUAUGAUGAUUCUGAGUAUCAGCGUAUGGAAAGAUUAGCCGAAGAAUUCAAACAAACAAUUGCAAGGAAAUUGCAGAGAUAUCUCUGGCUUAAGUGGAUUAUUUCGUCAAAUUAUGUGUCGGAUUGGUGGGAAAAGUUCAUUUAUCUACGUGGUCGAUCGGCAAUUAUGGUCAAUAGUAAUUUCUACGGUCUCGUACGUAUUUUAAUCGAUUAUAUCGAAAUAAAACAAACCCAUCGAGUUUCAAAAUUUGUCUUUUUCUUUGUCAAGGAUGCAAUCAAUGUACGACCAACAACCAUUCAAACAGCACGAGCAGCCAACGUCACAUGUGCGGCUUUUCGAUACCGUACUGAACUGGAUCAUGAAACUGUCAAACCUCUUAUGGUACAGAAAUUAAUUCCUUUAUGUUCAAGUCAAUAUGAACGUCAAUUCAAUACUGUCCGCAUACCUGGCAAAGAAACAGAUAAAAUCGUCCAUUAUUCCGACAGUCAUCAUAUUGCUGUUUAUCAUAAAGGACGUUGGUAUAAGGUCUACAUGUUCUACAAAAACACUCUUCUGGAACCAUGUGAACUUCAACUUCAAUUGGAUGAAAUUCUUCGUGAUACAACCUUACCUGAUAAUGGUGAAGAACACUUGGCUGCGUUGACAGCUGGUGAACGACCGCUUUGGGCAGACGCUCGCCAAAAAUAUUUUCGUUCUGGUGUCAAUCGGUAUUCGUUAGAAGCGAUCGAAAAGGCCGCAUUCGUACUCAUUUUGGAUGACGAAGAUUUCGAAAUCGGAACUCGAGAUAAAAAUACACCAGUGUCAGCGGCCGAGAAAGGGAAUAUGACUGGUAAAUUCGACGAAUAUGCUCAUGCAAUUCUCCAUGGUAAAGGAUACAAUCGUUGGUUCGACAAAUCAUUCACGUUUGUUGUUAGUAAAAAUGCUGUGUUCGGUUUCAAUGUCGAACAUAGUUGGGCUGAUGCGCCCAUUUCCGGCCAUAUGGUUGAAUACGUACUUUCGGAAGACAUUCUGUACUAUGGUUACAAUGAACUCGGUAAUACGCGUGGCACACCUCGCUUUACCGCACUUAAACCCGUUAAACUCCGAUGGAAUAUUUCUGAAAACUGUCAAAUUAUGAUCGAAAAAAGUCUUAGUCAAGCGAAGAAAAUCUAUAACGAUGUCGAUCUCCAUGUUUUUGUUCAGGAUACAUAUGGAAAAGGUUUUAUGAAGAAAUGUAAACUCUCACCUGAUGCUUACAUUCAAAUGGCACUUCAGUUAGCACAUUAUCGUGAUUCCGGCCAUUUUAAUUUAACAUAUGAAGCAUCGAUGACACGACUCUUUCGUGAUGGCCGUACAGAAACUGUUCGUUCGUGUUCAAUUGAAUCAAGUCUAUGGGUAAAAGCAAUGGAAGAUCCAAAUGUCACGAAAGCUGAACGCAUAAACUUACUUCGACUAGCUUGUGAUUAUCAUCAGCAACAAUAUCGUGACGCGAUGACAGGCAAAGGGAUUGAUCGACAUUUGUUUUGUCUUUAUGUUGUGUCGAAAUUUCUUGGUCUGGAUUCGCCAUUUCUUCAACAGGUUCUUCAGGAACCAUGGAAAUUGUCGACUAGUCAGACGCCGACGCUCUACGACGAUAAACAUGUCCAAAAAUUGAUUGCUCAAAAACCAGAGCUUGCAGACAAAAUUGGUUGGACAAAAUUCAAAGGCGUCAUAGGAGCUGGCGGCGGCUUCGGACCUACACCUGCUUUCUAUGAAGAUCGAUAUAAUAGUGAAGAACGGAGAAAGAAAGGGGCUAUGGCCGGUGGUGGUUUCGGACCUGUCGCUGCUGAUGGUUAUGGUGUUAGUUAUAUAAUUGCAUCGGAAGAUCUUAUCUUCUUUCAUAUUUCAUCGAAUAAGUCAUCAUCAGAAACCGAUUCGCAACGGUUUGGUAAACAUAUUGGUAAAGCCAUGGCCGAUAUGCGAGAGUUACUGGAAGGAGAAGUACGCAAGGCUGGUGCUAGUACAACUUCAACUGAGUAA